AUGCAUUUUGUUAUUUUUCUUUCCACAGUGGAUGUAAAGUCAGAGGUUCCCGUGGGAUUAGAGCCUAUCUCACCAUUAGACUUGCGAACUGAUCUCAGGAUGAUGGUUCCCAUGGUGGACCCAAUUAUGCGUGAAAAGCAGUUACAGCAGGAACUACUUCUGAUCCAGCAGCAGCAGCAAAUUCAGAAACAACUGCUGAUUGCAGAGUUUCAGAAGCAGCAUGAAAACCUGACUCGCCAGCAUCAGGCCCAGCUCCAGGAGCAUAUAAAGUUACAACAGGAACUCCUAGCCAUUAAACAACAGCAGGAACUCCUUGAAAAAGAGCAAAAACUGGAGCAGCAGAGACAAGAGCAGGAACUGGAGAGGCAUCGCAGGGAACAACAGCUUCCUCCCCUCCGAGGCAAAGAAAGAGGCCGAGAAAGGGCAGUGGCCAGUACAGAAGUGAAGCAGAAACUUCAAGAGUUCCUGUUGAGUAAAUCGGCAACAAAAGACUCUCCAGCAAAUGGGAAGAAUCAUUCCAUGAGCCGCCACCCCAAGCUCUGGUACACGGCUGCCCACCAUACCUCACUGGAUCAAAGCUCUCCACCCCUGAGCGGGGCCUCGCCACCGUACAAAUACACUUUACCAGGAGCACAGGAUGCCAAGGAUGAUUUUCCACUUCGUAAGACGGCUUCAGAGCCCAAUUUGAAGGUACGUUCAAGGUUAAAACAGAAGGUGACGGAAAGGAGAAGCAGUCCUUUACUCAGGAGGAAGGAUGGAAACGUUGUCACUUCAUUCAAGAAGCGACUCUUUGAGGUGACAGAAUCCUCGGUCAGUAGCAGCUCCCCUGGAUCAGGUCCUAGUUCCCCAAGCAAUGGUCCAACCAGCAGUAUAACAGAAAAUGAAACCUCAGUUUUGCCAUCUAACAUUCAAGCUGAGCAUCUGGUUUCACAGCAACACCUUUUGAUACAGGAUGAAUCAGUGAACUUGCUGAGUCUGUACACGUCCCCUUCUCUGCCCAACAUUACCUUGGGACUUCCAGCAGUACAACCUCAAAUCAGUGCUUCAUCGUCAUUCAAAGAAAAGCAGAAGGGAGAGACCCAGUCACUCAGACAAGGAAUGGCCUUGGCUGGACAGUAUGGGGGGAACAUACCUGCGUCCUCAACUCACCCUCAUGUUGCUUUGGAGGGAAAGCCAAAUAGCAGCCACCAAGCUCUCUUGCAACAUCUGUUACUGAAGGAACAAAUGAGACAGCAAAAACUUCUUGUGACUGGAGCGGUUCCUCUUCAUCCACAGUCUCCUUUAGCAGCGAAGGAGAGAGUCUCACCUGGCAUACGAGCUGCCCACAAACUGCCCCGUCACAGGCCCCUGAAUCGAACCCAGUCAGCUCCUCUUCCUCAGAGUACUUUGGCCCAGCUGGUCAUCCAGCAGCAACAUCAACAAUUUUUGGAGAAGCAGAAACAGUACCAGCAGCAGAUCCACAUGAAUAAGAUGCUCUCUAAGUCCAUUGAGCAACUCAAGCAGCCUGGCAGUCACCUGGAGGAAGCUGAAGAAGAGCUUCACAGCGAUCACUCAAUGCAGGAAGAGCGAGGUCCCACCAGCGGUGCCAGCGUUAGGGCUGAGAGCGGCAGUGCUGGUGCGGAUGACAGAAUAGGACAGCAGGUGGGGGCUGUGAAAGUCAAAGAGGAGCCACCGGACAGUGAUGAGGAUGUUCAAACCCAGCAAAUGGAAUCUGGGGAGCAAGCUGCUUUUAUGCAACAGGUAAUAGGCAAAGAUUUAGCUCCAGGAUUUGUAAUUAAGGUUAUUAUCUGAACAUCACAUGCGUUUUCUAGGCUUUGAUAAGUAAUUGUGUUUUGAUUCACUGAUCUAGCAAACUCUGAUUUACUGUUCAAAGAAUCUAACAAAGGCAGAAGUGUUGUAUGCACACUUGAAAACAUAGUGAAGCUCAUCCUUAUGGCCACUAAUUGAGAAAAUACCUGUUGCAGUCUGUUAUUCUACAUAAAUCCUUGCGUAAUAGCUGAUAGACUUUGUAUUAGCCCAGGAUUACAUUACAUUGCUUAGUUCUAGUGAAAGAGAACUCGUAUCACCUAGCUUGUUGAGAUCAGCAACUGCUGGAGUUAGUUUCCAGACCUGAUUGAUGAAACAUUCUUCUUCUCUGAUUUUGAAUCCUCUGACUUUUGCUUUCAGCUAUCUGUAUAUACUGUAUCAUACUGUAGUCUUGAACACUGUUAACGUUAGGGUAUUUUUUCCCCACUAGACAGGUACUGACUGCUAUAUCAGUGGUCCCAGGCUGGCGUAUAAAGCAUAACUUAAGAGAAGAAUGCAAGGUGGAUGUAAGACAAGGCACUGUUUAAAAAUGGUGGUGUUUUCUUUUUUGCACUGCUUAAUUUUUCAUUCUGUCUUAUUUGAUGAUACUGUCCACAGUGACAUCCUUAAAAGAAGCAGAUGCAAGUACUAGUGAGAAGCAAAAUGCAGCAUUAGGUUCCAAUCAGUUACUAGGAUAUUGCAGGAAAAGCACAGAACUGUUAUUGUUAUUAGCUGAUAUCCAAUCACUUGUUUAUUUUUUAAAAAAUAAAGACUAAUCACACAAUAUCGCAUAACCUUUACUGCUAUGUCUCAUGGUCAAAUAGUAAAAUAACAACUGUGCAUUAAAUGCCGACUCGGCAAAGGGAAACUUCAGAUUACGGGCGAGCAUUUCACCGGAGCUGAAGCGCACAGUGCAUUUGUGCAGCCAGUGAGCGGGCGGCCCUUUCCGUCGCUGUAAGAUCAGGCAGAGCAAGGCUGGAUGCAGUGGAAGGCCCUGUUUAUUUAAGUCGAUACUUGGUCAGGUCCCUGCUGUUCUCCUGCAGAAAAGUGAUUUUGGGAGGUGGGGGGGGGGCAGGAAAUGCCUUAUGGAAACAGGAAGCCCAAGUGAUUCAUGUGCUGAGGAAUGCAGGGCGGGGGGGGACGACGGGGCAGCGCUCCCUCUGUUUUUAAAGGCACUCUAUGAAUUGAUUUAUUGUCAAAGAAAAUAACAAAGCGAGUAGGGAAAUUGUUAAGGAAGCUUUCCAGUGAAACAUUUCCUUCAUAUUCCCUUUUGAUAUGUUUACCUUGUUUUAUAGGUUUACUUUUGUUAAGCUAGUUAAAGAUUCAUUGUAUUAAGAUCCCUUUUAAUAUGGAUAAUCCCAGACUGACCUGGAAUCCUUGUCAGGUUUUUUUUCUAUUGAAAAUAUUUAUAUUUCUAAAGCUGAGGUAUUUUAAGGUGCAGUAUCCUGUUUCAAAAGAGAUAGCCGUUUUGCCAAAUGUAGAAAUCGUUCAAAAAGUAUAUUAUUAGCAUAUGUUGUUUACAUUAUGCUCUAAUACUAUUCAAUCUCUUAUAAAAUGUUGCAACUUCUAAAGAUACAUUAUCCUUUUUCCUAGAAGAUCUCCAAACAAAUGACUAAAUAGUUGCUGUAAAAUGAAAGGUCUCCUGAAACAUAAAGAUCAUCUUAGAUAGGACAGAUUAUUAAUUGAGAAAAUACAGGUGAUUUUUAUGUGUGCUUCAUAUUUGAACAGAAAUCUUCCACCACUUUGGAUUUAAAAAAAAACCUCAUGUUCAAAAAGUAAAGCAUAUAAGAACAAAAUUACAUAUUUUUUCCCAUUCUGUAUAAUUUUAAUUUUCGUUGAAACCUAAAUUUAGCCUCAUCAAAAAGGGAUAGUGCAUCUUUUAAAAUACAUUUUAUUUGGGGAGAAUCUUGCAAAUGAGAAGACUUUUGUACAAAACCACUUCAAAGAAAGACAUGUAUUCACAAAGGAAAAAAGAUAUUUUUAUAGUGUCAUUCAGGUGAGAAACCCCAAUACAUUAGUGGACUUUAAUUUCAGAAUCUUUCAAAUUUGGAUAAAAUUAAAAUAGAGAAACUACCUGGAACCAGUGAAAAGGAAAACUGGGUUUAAACAACCACAUUUCUAAUUGAUAACUGUCUCUUACAUUUUAAAUCUACUGUAUUUAUUAUAAUUUACACCCUUAGAGGUGAUCUCUUGUUUUGUGUUGUAAAUAUAUUCUGUUUGUAUGUUCCCUUUUUUGCCUUCUGAUAUAAGUCUCUUCCUUUCUCAAAUAAAGUUUUUUUUUAAAA